AUGCAGUACCAGGCGGCGGGCGCGGCGCCCGCGGCGGCCCUGGGCGUCCCGCUGUACGCGCCCACGCCGCUGCUGCAGCCCGCGCACCCCACGCCCUUCUACAUCGAGGACAUCCUGGGCCGCGGCGCUGCCGCCGCCCCACCGCCCCACGCCCUGCCCGCCCCGCCGCCGCCACCGACGCUGCCGUCGCCCAACUCCUCCUUCACGAGCCUCGUGGCCCCGUACCGGACCCCCGUCUACGAGCCGACCCCCGUGCACGCGGCCUUCCCUCACCACCUCGCUGCCCCUUACGGCGCGGGCGCCUACGCCGGGCCCCUCUACUCCUUCCCGCGGACCGUCGGCGACUACGCGCACGCCUUGCUGCGGCAGGACCCGCUGGGGAAGCCGCUGCUCUGGAGUCCCUUCAUCCAGCGGCCGCUGCACAAGAGGAAAGGGGGCCAGGUCCGCUUCUCCAACGACCAGACCAUUGAGCUGGAGAAGAAGUUCGAGACGCAGAAAUACCUCUCGCCGCCCGAGAGGAAGCGCCUGGCCAAGAUGCUGCAGCUCAGCGAGAGGCAGGUCAAAACGUGGUUUCAGAAUCGCAGAGCCAAAUGGAGGCGUCUAAAGCAGGAAAACCCUCAGGCCGCGAAAAAGGAGGAGGCCGAAGGUGCCGACGACGCCGCUGCCCAGCGGCCGGAGAGCUGCCCCAGCCCCGAGAGCAAAGGCCAGGAGGUGCCCCUGGACGGCUCGCAGUUCCCCCCCUCGCCCUCCUCGCACGAGGACCUGGAGUCCGAGCUCUCCGACGACUCCGACCAAGAAGUGGACAUUGAAGGUGACAAGGGCUACUACAACAACGCUGCCCACUGACGGCCCUGCGCUGGAGAGCAGACCCUGCCUCGGCUUGCACUUUACCAGGGGCUGGCUUUGGAGAACAGGUCAUUGCAGGAGAAAAUUCCCACCGUUCCCCCCCCCCAAGAAAAAAGGACAAAGCCAAAAACAGACUCGUUUUAUAAUAAGCAGAGAAAGAGAGACUUAUUUUUCACAAACAGUCCCUUUCUUGUUGUUGUUGUUGUUGUUGGCAGAUCUUUAAUUUGGUUAAAGGAACUGAUCCGUGAUUUGUAUUUAAUUUGUAAGAUAUAUUUGUACAUUAAUUAAUGUUCAGACUGGAAUCUAAUACUGCCUCUUGCCCAUACGCACGGGGGUCUGAAUCAGCUGCUGUCAGGGAUCAGGCAAAACCCCUUUCUGCCCGUGUGGGAGUGAGUAUGGGUU